AUGGAACGAAUCCUUUGGCCGCGGCGUGUACACGGGAACCGGGCUCCCGAUGUCAUUAUUGGCAUAGAUGUUGGAAUGUGCUUGCUAAUUCAUAGGGCUGUCGUUGCCACACCAACAGACACCAAGGUUGCCUACACUAUCAGACACGAUGACGAUUUUGGCGUCAUCAAUGCGAUUCAAAACUGGCCAAAAAUGGGUGGUAAAGAGGAUGAAGCAGACUAUGUGCCUACAUUGUUGGGUUACGAGAAGGGCCACGUCAUCAUGCAAGAGGCACCUCAAUUCGUUGGUUUCCCUCGUAAGGAAGACGAAAAGAAUCCAGACAUGAAGUUCUACAAGUGGUUCAAGAAGGACUUCCCCGCCAACCUCUCAUCCAAGGACCGGGACGCUGGACCGCUCUGGCCAAGGACUUCUGGUGACACCGAGACCUAUGUUCUGUACAGAAUCUUCCUUGACGAACUGUACGCGUCUAUUGAGUCAGUCCUCUCCCCUAUGUUGCAGAGGAAUGGAUUGGACUGGAACCUUGCGCAAAUCGAGUUUAUUUUCAGCGUACCGGCCACCUGGAACCGACCCAAUGAGACCUUGGGCAUGGUUGCCGACAGCCUGAAGAUGGUUGCCAAAGAAGCGAGGUUCGAAGGUGAUAGACGCGUUGUCAAAAUUGCCAUGAAAGAACCCGAGGCUGCCGCAGCGUAUGCUCUCGCCACGCAUGAAGAUUUAGUACAGGAUCUCUGCCUACUCAAGAUGGGACAGUCCAGGGGCCUACAAUUCGAAAUGGACCCAUUGAGCGCCCCGAUGGGAGAAGACUUGGGCGCCACCCAUAUCGACCGCGGCUUUGAGGAUCUGACCGUGAGAAAGCUGAUAUGUCUUCACGAGGAGGCGAAGAUACAGAAAGAGUGGAACAUUAAAGAGAUGGCUCGACAGAUGCGGGAUUCGCCUGAAUUCCAAAACUUCAAGGGGUUGUUGAACCUGGACAAGGCUAGAAGCCACCAUUUCUUCACGGUACCACUACCGGAAUCCUGUGCCAUCGACUUGCCUCAAGACACACAAGUUUACGGGGUAGUCAAUGAUUCGAUGAAAUUCAAGUGGAGCGAGCUAGCCAACAUCUUCGACACAGUCAUCCAAGACCGUUCCUUCAUCCGAAAAGGUCGACCUGAAACUUUGCCGGGCUUGAACAAGCUGAUUCAGCGAGCACGAGACGAGUUGCGGUAUCGCGGCAAUGGCCACGGUGGCUCCAGGUCACCAAACAAUGCCACAGACGACGUUUCGGUCAUACUGAUGUCCGGAGGUCUUGGCCGAUCCGAAUACAUCACGCAGAGAAUCUCCGAGUACCUUGCUCAACAAGAGGACACCCUUGGCCCAGCGCCAGAAGUGCGCAUAAUUGACGAGCCGCAGUUGUGUGUAUGCAAGGGCCUGCUGAAGAACAGGCUCUACACAAUCUUUCGCACGCAGAAGUGCAACGGCAACUACGGCAUCCUAGAGUACAAACCGUACAAAAAGUUUUAUCUAACGCAUUUUUUAGCCAACCAAGGUAACCAUGUGAAGGAAAUAGGCGGUAAUCGAUACAAGGAAGAAGUCAAGUGGUUAAUACAGAAGGUAAGCGAAGAGUAA